AUGGAAAGAAGACGUUCUCCCUCAUAAAUCAUAGAAGAUAUCAAAAGUCAAAUUGUAUGCUAUUCUAAGGCAGCAAAGACUACAGAGUAGAUGUAUGGAAAUCUGUAAAAGAAAGAAUACUAGGAUAUUAGUUGGUCAAAACCUAAGACACCAGAGCAAUACUUUAAUGUGAAAGAGUCAACUUACGAUAAAAUUGAUAAAGUAAAACAAAACAAAAAACUAGUCUAGGAGAAUAAAAUACUCUCAAGCAUGUUCAGAAGUAUUGAUAGAGAGACUAGGAUUAAAAAUGUUGAUCCUAAACUUGCCAUUCCUACAUUGAAUUAACUUGGGAAUCCACCUAAAUUAGGUGAAAUGGAAUAAAGUAGGAUUGAGUAUGAGCAAGGAGUUUCAUAAUUGAAACGAAAUAAGAGUGUGAUGUCCAAAAGUAUCAACUUUAAUGGUUCAAAGAGUCGAAUAGAUGAUCAUGAUGAUGAGCAUAAUGACACAAUUAGAGAUCUCAAAGAUCAUUUAUAAGAUGCACCAAAGAAUCCUUUGACAAUUCAUAAAUAACUAGGGUCAAAUUUGAAUAAAUCCCAAUCUUAGAAGGCACUUCCUGAUAACAGUAAAGUAAAUAUUUCUAGAUUGAGUAGCUUGCCUGAUCUUAACUUGGAAAGGAGUGGAGUUCAGCCACAUAUUCAGAACUUUAAGUUCAGUCGGUAAACCAAAAGGAAGCCAAUAAAUGAUCUGGAUGUAAAUGAAAAUAGAUUUGAAAAUAUGGAAUUGUUUCCAAACUCUCUAGCUAAAAAUAAAAAACUAUUUUGGAAUAUUAAAAUGGAGAAGUACAAGGAGAGAGACACAACAUGGGUAGAGAAAAAUGCACCUCAGCUUUCGUAUAAUUAGGUUGAGCUAGAUAAAUUCAAAUUUUAAAAAUCAUACCAGCCUAUGAUUUUCUCACAGCAUAACACAAACAAAAAGCAUCAUUUUAUUGUUGGAAGGCCGUUUUGA